AUGCAAAAUAUAAAUCAGGAUGUUCAUAAUUUACAAGAGGCCUUGAAAAAUCCUAAUUUAAAUCCUCAAAUAAAACAAGAAAAAGAAACAAAAUUAAACUAUUAUAACACUAAUUUACUAAGAUCGUCAAUAACAGCCCCAAUGCAAAAUACUUCAUCAUCACAAAUAAUGUCAUCACAAUCAGGUUAG